AGGAGUCUCACAGUCUGAGGAAAGUAGCUGCUUUGUAGUGAAGCGACACUGCAGUGGAUUCUUCUAUUGUUUGCCAGAUGGCAGCAGGGUGAUGGGGCUGUCCUUUAAUAUCUUUUAGACUACACAGGUACCUUACUAAUAUCACUGAUGCUGUGUACCAGUGACAUUCUGGGUGGUCGUAAUCACUCACUGCACAUCUCAUGCCAAAUUUUGUGUUUCCAGUCAGGAUGCUUUUUAUUGCUCCUCUGUCAAAGCUGACAAGAACUUGUAAUAGGAAUUUAGCCCUCUCAAGUUUUGCUUAAAAAUAUAGCUAUUUUGACCGAAUUUAAAUGGCCCGUGGUCUGUCUUUCACAAUAUACUAUAUGUGGGGCGCCACACACAUCAUUAGUUAAUCAAACCAGAUGACUUUGCAUUUUUUUCAUUCACCCCAGGAUGGCAGGACUGUCAUAGAGUUUGUAGACAUGUACUAUGUAGGAUCUAUAAGCAAGCAAAAGUAAUGUGUUUUCAUAAACAGAUGGUAAAGAAGCAAACUAAUGGUUAGCUAACAGCAGACAUGCCACCAUUUUCUUUUUUUAAAAACCCAUAUGAUGCAAGAAGGAGCUGGGCCUGAGGUAUUUUCACAUUAUCUAAUUUGGCCAACAUUCAAAAGAGUUUGGACACCCCUGCUGUAGUCAAACCUCACGGUUAUAAGUUAUUAGUGGAGGCUACUAUCUGUUGCAAACACAUGUAGCUUAUACAGGAUUUACACUUACAGCUACAGCCUUUGAGCACAGCCUGAAGGACAAUAUCAACGUCUGUAGAUAUCUUCUAUCACACUGAAUUUACACCACAUGAUUGCAACAAUAUUUUUUUGGCCCAGUGGCCACAAUAUAAACUCGUUAGCCUAUGGCAUACACAAGCGGACUCUGCUCCAACUCCACCAAUACAGUUCUUUGUAGAGAUGGUCAAUAUUUAUUCAUUCAUUCAUUUUCCACAGCCACUUAUCCUGCUGGGGGUCACGGAGGGGGGCUGGAGCCUGUCCUUGCCGAUAUUGGGUGAGAGGCAAGGUACACCCUUAAGUAUUUCUGUUUAAAAUAAGAUGUUUGAUUUUCUCCAUAUUGCCCAGCCCUAUAUCUAUGAUUCACAUAUUACCAUCAAUCACACACACAAUAUAUAAUUACUAUGACAGAACUGCUCAACCAGUAUUUCAAUCUUCUAUGGAUUUACUCAGCGUUUAAGGCGUAUACAGGAUAUAAACAGACAGGCAGAGCUUAUUAGAUGCUUUCAAGUCUUUAAAGCAUUGAGAGGACAGAUGUGACGGGACAGACAGAGAGCAAACAGCUCUUUUUACACCACUUGAAUGGUUAGCAAAAAAGUAGCCUAUGACUGUAAUAUAGAGGUAAGAUGUAACAGAUAAAUUGUGGGGCUGCUAAAACUGGUAUCCUACCCGCAGGCGCUGUGGUUCUCUGCUUCAGUGUCAUGCUGAUGCUCAGGUCCUCUUGGAAGCCGCUGGUCCGGUUCAAGUCGAGGUGGGACAGCUGAACUAACGGCUGUUGCCUGGUAACUCUGACCAGAUGUACAGCUGAUCUGAGGGGAGAUACUUGCCUACAGUGGAUCAUUAAACACAGCCAUAAGUGAAAUCAGCCACAGUCACGCUCUAGCAGUUUGUCUCAGUUCACUGUCUUUCCGUGCCAGCGUUCACUUCCAGCCUUCCAUCUUCAAGUUAAUCUCCAGCCUGAAGUCAUGAGGAAGAAGACGGUGGACUUGUUGAACAAGGUUGUCAUGUCGUUUCUGGAGAGAGAUGCUCAGAGAAAAAUGCUGUAGGACUCAAAGCUUCAGUUCUUAGCCAAGAUGUUUGUGCCUGGAUGGAUUAUGUGGUGUGUCUUACUGACUCCACACAUGUCAGCCCGUGGUUUGGAGAUUUCUGGAUAUGACAGCCAUGAAGUCAUUUGCUCACAGGGUCUGUCUGAUUGCACCAUGAAGGAUGAGCUGCCUCUUAUUGUGACAGAGAGUAAUGCUGUGGAUGUCCGAAACCUGACUCCAUCUUUUAAGCUUUGCUGCAAGGACACGGCGCCUUGUACAUUAUGUCUGGUGAUAGACGCAGAGAUCACCAUCAAUCCGGAUAAAGACAUGGAGGAGGAAGGCCACUCCGGGCAUGAUGAAGAGGAUUACAGCGAGGAGAUGGAGAGGAAUCCAAAAGUGUCUGUGACGGUGUGUUACAGUGCAGUGUCUAGCAUGCCCAUGUGCAAGAAGGUGGAGUUUACGGUUAAUCACACAGCUCUCGCUCAGCCAAACCAGGCAAAGUUCUCCAUGGUGAUCACUGAGCCACCUGGGGUUUCCUACAGCAGUCAUGUGAUGGUUUAUGCUUCUAAACCAUCACAUCGAGAAGUUGUUGUUCCCUCUCUAGAUGAAGUGUGCUCCCUGGAGCUGAAGGAACGUGUAGAGGAGUGUCGUGUGCCCAGACUCAGCAGUGUAAUUAACACAGAGAUGAAUCGGGUGGAGCUGCAGUUUGGCAGGAAUGAAAGCCUCCCCUCUGUGUGCAUCCAGUAUGAGCAGAAUGGAAGAUGUCAGAAAUGGAGCAGGACGACCAUCCCACUGGACUCUGUGACCCCCUGCAUGUGUCUCAAGGUGUGGGAUGAGGAUGACCAGAGGUCAAGGCGCUCUCUCAGCUGCCCCUUCACUAACACAGAUUUCCUCCAAAGGAACGUGUGGCAGAAUGUGUCAGUGUCUGUAAGCCAGGGUCAAAUGAUCAACCACCACAUGAUGCUGCUGUGGAACCUGUCCGCCCCCUGCAGGCUGGAGGGUGAAGUGUGGCCCUGCUUCAAAGAGAGCAGCUGCCGGGAGAUGAAGGGCUUUAGACAGCAGCUGGCAAAUGGCACAUGGAGACAAAACAGCAAGGGGUUGUGGGAGAAAAUGGGGGUGUUUGAAGAUAUCAACCUGCAGCUCUCACCAUGUGUGAUGGUGAAAGUAAAAGGAAUGGGACAUGAGCUGGGUCCGUUCUGUUUUCAGAACACUGACAGGCACCGCUGGAGUCUCCUGGUUGUUGGUGUCAUGCUGCUGGUUUGCUCGACUGUGCUCGUAGUUUAUCUCCUUCAUGACUUCGUCAAGAAAUGUGUGGGGCGCUGCCGUUAUGUUGGCAGAGAGGGUCAUGUGGUGCUGCUGAGCCCCCCUGAUAUGGACGAUGGUGUUUCGGAGUCAGUGUGUCGACUUGGCUCCCAGCUCCGUACCCAGGGCUUCAGCGUGUCUGUGGACCAGUGGAGCAGAAAGGAGCAGUGCAAUCUGGGGCCUCUACCGUGGCUGCACUCACAGCUGCUGGAGCUGAACAGCCAGGGUGGCCGAGUUGUGCUCGCCUUGACCCCCAAAGCCUUGAAGAAAGUGGAGGAAUGGACCCGUCUGAGCAAAGACGUUAUCAAGACGAAAGGGGAAGACAAGGGUCUCCCUCAGAUUUGUUCCCCUUACUCUGAUGUGUUCACGGCCUCCCUGUGCCUCAUUGAAGCGAACAAGCGGCUGGGCAGAGCCAAUGAACGUUUCCUUCUGGUGAAAUUUGACUCCCAUCACAUCAGUGACGAGAGUCUACCAGAGCUUUUUCAAGGGCUGCCCCUGUUCAAGUUUCCCUCUAAGACCCAGGCUCUCCUGUCUGCGCUGACAGUGGGAGGAACAGAGAGGGCAUCAGGGAAAAGGACAUGGACAGGGUGGAAAUGGAGUGGCUCAGAUGGAUGGAGAGCAAGGACUAAAGAGGAACAAAACCAGCAGAAGGACUCAUGCGGUAAAUAUGUUGGAGAUGAGAAAAACUUGGAGACAAAGCCUUUGAAGUGCCCAUAAAUUAUUGUUGCACAUUAUCGCUGCUCUGCUCAUAUGAAGGAUACGUUAAUCCAAACUGUGGAUGAGACUGGACAUUAUUAAAGGCUGGCAAUGAUCUAUAUUGUGGUUAUGUCCACCAGGCAAAAGACUGGAGGAGAUCGUGUGUUUGUUCGUGCAUGUGUGUGCGUGUCAAACUACUGGACCAGUCAGCCUAAUAUGUUGUAUGCACAUGUACAGUGUAAGUGUAUGCUCAAGGACCUCUUGUGGUUGUGGUGAUUAACACUUGUGGAAAAACCUGUUUGACUCUUUUACACUGUCACUGACUCCACACUCCUCUUAACCAGCCAGUAGGGGCUCAUUUUGGGCCUUAGCAUCUGCAGAUUAACCCAAUAUGUCAUGAUCCACUAAAGUUAGGCACAUGACGAGAUGAAUUACACCCUAUUUUUGUUUUCUUCACCACCAUCUUGACUGUAAGGGAGCCAAUAGGGAUAAGUCCUCCACAGUCCUUCUGCAACCUGGGUUUGUUCUGUCUGCCGUAUGGCAUCAUACCACACCGGCAGCAUGUCAGAGGCGGAGCGUUUUCCCAUGAAAUGACCAACAACAAUACAUUAGUUCAUCUCUUCCAACUUUACUUCCCUGUCUGGAGUUUUCAGCCCCAAACCCGUUUAUAUUUACCAAAUAUGUUAAGUACUUUCCUAAGGAUCUGCUGGACUGGACACUGUAGUCUUUAAGCAAACAUUACAAUACAAGUAAACAGUGUAUUUGUUGGGGACUAUUUUUCAGCUGUGACGGUAUGUAUUGACUGUAUGUGCUUGUGAACAUCUUAGGCAGCAGGAUGUAUUUAUGGACCUCAAAUAUCACUACUGUGAAUGUAAUGAAGUGUUUUUAAUAAUUUAAAAAACAACGGAAGGCUAUGGCAAAGAGGAAUAAGUUAUAUCAGGCUGUUUAUUUUGGUCCUUUUUUUGUAUUUGUUCAUUGUAAAAAAAUAUAUAUAAAAAUACAUAUAAUAUGAGGCCUAUAUAUGAAAUAUGAAAAGGUUUCUCCUUUAAGCUGCAAAAUGUUUAACCUAAAAUCACACAGACUCGUUAUAUCCAUGUACUGUAUCUGUCAGCACUUGUCUAUAAAUAAAUGUGCUUAUUUUUGUGCA